AGAGUUUCCUCCAUUCCCGACAAGCUCUACCCAUCGAAAGAAAACGCAGUGGCGAUUUGGAGCAUAGACUAUCAUAUCACCAGCCGCUUCACCGACGCCACCUUUCAGUCCUGCAAGAGCGUCUACUCCACGGAGCUUAACAUGCCCGCCCUGCAGGUCAUGUGUGGCAACGCUGGCUCCAACUGUGACCCCGAGAGGUUAUUUACAUACCUGGGUAACAAUGACUUCGCUCCCUUCAACAUCACAUACAAGUGGAGCGAGAGUCCUGUGAACGCCACCAAUCCUGAGAACGACACCACGUGGCAGAUGACCCCAUUUGACAUGCCCACUGCCCCUUGCAAUACCACUGACCUCUCCCUCCGCUGCCUGUGUUCCGACUGCCGCGAGUCGUGUCCGUCGCUGCCAGACCUGGUCGAUCACCACCACAUUCCGAUGGUGGGCUCCUUGGACGCCCUCACCUUCUCCCUCAUUAUCAUAUAUGGUGUCCUGGCCAUCACUAUCAUCGUCGCCUCCUGCUGCUGCUGGAACCGCCCAGAAUCAGCACACAGCUCUCCUGCGGGGUCUCCCAGCUGCCUGGAGGAGCUCUCUGCCGCCAUGGAGAAGAGCAUCAAGGCGCUCUUCACCUGCCUGGGAAGAACUGUGGCUCGACACCCCUAUAUCUUCAUAGUCUUCAGUGCUGCGCUUAUUAUUGGUUUGGGCGUGGGCGUGGCUUACCUUAAGGUGACGACGAAUCCGGUGGAUUUGUGGGCUUCGCCGACCUCCCGCACCCGGCAGGAUAAGGACUACUUCGACUCCCACUUCUCUCCGUUCUACCGAACUACCCAGAUCAUCAUCACGCCGAAGGGAUACGACUAUUUCAACAUGACGCUGGUGGACGACACCUCCAAGAUCCCCGUCGACUACCUCUUCGGCCCGGCACUCAACGACACCUUCCUGCAGGAUGUUAUGGCCUUGCAAGAGCAGAUCACCAGUCUGGUGGGUUAUAACGGCGAGGAGAACAUCACCCUGAAUGACGUGUGUGUGAAACCAAUGGCGCCUGUAGAAACAGACUGUUUGAUCCAAAGUGUCCUAAACUACUGGCAGAACGACGCUGAGCUCCUCAACCAUGACGUCGCUGACGGCACUUACGUAAAACACUUUGUCGACUGUGUCAAGAGAGAGAAAAAUCUUCGAAACACAAGGCUGCAUGUAUAUAGCUGUGCUCUUGCUAUGGCCACACUUCUUUGCCAUGAUAGCUACUGUGUCUCUUACUGUCAUAGCAAUUAUAGCUUGAUUUCAUUGCAGUUUUCUCCUGACAGGUUUCUGGAGUUCAUGAAGGAGGCGGUUGAGGACGAGGAGCUCACAGGAGGGAUGGACAUCGCGUACAGCACAGAACGGUCCAUCCAGGACGAGCUGGUGAGGGAGAGUGUCAACGAUGUCCUCACCAUCUUCGUCAGCUAUCUCAUAAUGUUCAUCUACAUCACUCUCUCUCUCGGGAAUGUGUCCUCAGAGUGCCGCAGGCUCCUGAUCGACAGCAAGAUGACCCUGGCUCUGGGUGGGGUGGUGUUAGUUAUGUUCUCCGUCCUGGCCUCCCUCGGGUUCUACGGCUACACUGGUGUCCCGGCCACACUCUUCGUUAUUGAGGUGAUACCGUUCCUGGUGCUGGCGGUGGGCGUCGACAACAUCUUCAUCCUGGUGCAGACGUGGCAGAGGGAGCCCCGGAGAGACGAUGAGAGCCUCGAGGAGCAUGUGGGGCGUGUUGUGGGCGAAGUGGCUCCCUCCAUGUUACUCUCGACCUCAGCUGAGGCUCUCUGCUUCUUCCUCGGAGCGUUGUCGGACAUGCCGGCCGUGUACGCCUUCUCUCUCUACGCCGCCCUGGCACUCGUUAUCGACUUCAUCCUUCAAAUGACCUGCUUUGUGGCACUCAUGUCCCUCGACGCCCGCAGAGUUGAGGACCACCGCUGGGACGUCGUGUGUUGUGUCAAGGGCAGCAAGAGUAGCAAGCGGAGUGAGAACUCCUCCAUUUGCUACCAGAUCUUCCAGUAUGUCUACGCUCCUUUCAUUCUCAAGGACGUGGUGAGGGUGGUGGUGUGUCUACUGUCCCUCGGGGUGUUUUGUGCCUCCCUCUCCGUCACCCCCAAGCUCUCGGUGGGUCUGGAGCAGGACCUCUCAAUGCCUCAGGACUCUUAUGUGAUCAAGUACUUCAAGUUUCUGAACGAUUACCUGUCUGUCGGGCCACCUGUCUACUUCGUCAUGAAGGAGGGAUAUAACUUUAGCGACGUCCACGAGCAGAAUUUGGUGUGUCAGGUGUCAGGCUGUUACAACGACUCCAUCACGCAGCAGAUCUUCUUGUCAUCCCUCCAGCCCAACGAUACCUACCUAGCCUCCGGGGCCAUGUCUUGGCUGGGACCGUACUUCUCCUGGCUUGAGGACUCCGUCGGCACUGGGUCGACUAUGAGCGCCUGCUGUAGGCUUGAUAAAGACGGCCUCUACGUCAACACCUCAGCACAGUUCGAUUUCAGCGGCAUCGACACCUGCUUCCAAAAGGAAGACUUCGAGAACCACCGGCCCAAACCAGAGAACUUUAUGACUCAUCUCAACGACUACCUAAGCGACAACCCACACGGUACGGCCUGCCCCUUCGCUGGGCAUCCCGCCUACGGAGAGGCGGUCAAGGUCCUGGACGACGGCUACGAGAGUUACGUGGGGGCCAACUAUUUCAUGACUUACCACACCAUUCUCAGAACCUCGGCGGACUUCAUCGGUGCCUUGGACUGGGCAUACAAGCUUUCAGACUAUAUGACAGCUUACCUCCAGGCGAACUCAACUUAUUCCAAGGAAAUUGAAGUUGUUCCUUACAGCAUCUUCUACGUCUUCUACGAGCAGUACCUGACCAUGUGGCGUGACACUGGAAUCAACCUCGCCAUCUCAGUUGGUUCAGUGUUCGCAGUCAUGUUCAUCUUGACCCUUGACCUGGUCUCUUCCCUCAUCAUCCUCGUCACCAUCUGCAUGAUCAUCAUCGACAUGAUGGGGAUGAUGUAUUGGUGGAACAUCUCUCUAAAUGCUGUGUCACUCGUCAACCUGGUGAUGGCGGUGGGGAUCUCCGUAGAGUUCUGCAGCCACGUCACCCACGCCUUCGCCACCUCCAUCAGGCCGUCGAGGGUGGAACGAGCGAGGGAAGCCCUUGCCAACAUGGGUUCCUCGGUACUCUCCGGCAUCACCCUCACCAAGUUCUUCGGGAUCAUUGUACUCGCCUUUGCCCAGUCGCAGAUUUUCCGGGUCUUCUACUUCAGGAUGUAUCUCGGGAUGAUCGUCUUCGGCGCCUUCCACGGCCUCGUCUUUCUUCCUGUCUUCCUCUCAAUCUGUGGACCCGGCGUGAACAAGAGGCUCCUUAAGGACUCUAUGAAAAAAUCUUCAAAGGGGACGACGAACGCCGGCUUCGUGGAGCAUAAUGAGGAGAGGAAACAUGAGAAGACAGUUGUUAAUGAAGUGAACAUUUACCUGUAGGUUUAGAUAGGGCUCGAAUCAUAGGCUGUCGUGGAGGGAAGGGGUUUAAACCCAAUGCUAAAUCUCGCCAUGUCCCCAACAAUGACGUUAUCUGUCCAUUUUGGGGAUUUAUUUCAACUUUCCCCAACCCUCAUCCCCCUUCCCCCAACCUAGAGGAUCCAAUUGUGCGAAAACGCUGUUUUAUUUAUUCAGAGUUUAACCAGACCCACGCCAGGGUGAAGGAGAAGUCUUUAGGCGCUGGAGCAGUGGACAAGAUCACUAUGUCACUCUGUCGCAGAUUCAGUUAGAAAACUUUGGUACCAGAGAACCAACUAGUAAUGAGAAGACUUUAUAUACAUACUAUAACUCUAGAUUCAAUUGUUAGAUUUGAUCAGGUCCUUGCAGGCGCCGUGUCAUCCUCAAUAACGUAAAUAUGUAACCUAGUGUUUCUCUCUCUCUCAUUGGCUACAAUUCGGUUACAGAAUGUGCUGAACUCUGCAGCUGAUUGAUUCUCAUAUAUAUAUAUAUUAUCCUGCUAUGUGCUGAGUGUUUAGAACUACUGUAUUAGGUCAGGAUGAACUCUGUGGUUCAUAGGUGUUCGUUGCUUUGUCACCGAGUCAUCUGCCUCUGGUUGGAAAGUUUACUUCCUCGCUAAAAAAUAAACUUUAAGACACA